CGAUGACUUUAGUCUGACGAUCGCUUCCACGGAGCGAGGUUGACGAAUCCGGACGUGGAUCCUGUUGGGCCGUGAUCUCGUGGUUUCCCGGGCGACGAGAGUCUCCGUCGUCGGAAGUGUUCGCCGAGUGCUAAGCGAUUUUAGGGCACCGUUCGAUUGGACAGAGUUCGAAACGGAUUUCGAAUUCCCCUCGAUUUUUCCGCGCCCCUCCGAGGGACCCGCAGCUGGUCCCUGUAGUUGGUCGAAGGCUCCGAGGAUCGAAGAGCUGCUCGCUGGUCGGCUAGAACCUCCUCGGUUCGUGCCGGCGGCUCCUCUGAGUCCGAUCGUCGCGGCACGUGCCGGUUUCUACGCUCGGCCUAGGAAUUCGUGACUCGAAGAAAUCGUCGACGUGUUUGUCUGUGCAAUCACGGUUAUUUUCGUGGCCGCGCGGCGGGGGAGGGAGGGCGCCCGGAGAGAAAGGGAAAGGGAGGAGGGAGAAAGUGUUUACCGGCGACGAUAUCUCAGGAUCGAUGCCCGGGCCGAGGAUGCUCGAUCGAGACUCACGUGUCCGGAUAGAAUGAGUUGUGCCGACUGUGUGGAAGCUCUGUGCGUUAACAUGCGCGUGAUCCUGCGUGCGUCUAGGGACCGAUAGCCUGGCACCAACCUGUGGACACUGCGCGCUGCCGCCUCUGCCGAUCGCUCAGGGGUCGUCGAACGAACAUCGAUCAACCGGGGACGAGUCAUCGACGCCAGCAGGAUUCCUCGGGCUGAAGGAAUUGAUCACCUGGUAGCCAUGAACCUCGCGCUGCAUGGAUUUUUGUUGCAGGUUUUCUUGUCCAUCCUCAACCUCCAGCAUGGCUCCGUGUUAUGCAGCGCGGGGGAACCUGGCUAUUUGGACUUCGACAACCUGCCAGAGACGAACUUCUCGUGUCAGGGAAAGGUGAUCGGCGGUUAUUACGCUGACGUCGAGGCUGGAUGUCAGAUGUUCCACGUCUGCACCAUCGGUCAGAAAGACUUGGUUUCAGACGAGAUUAUGGACAUAAAGUUCCUCUGUCUGAACGGGACCGUCUUCGAUCAGGAAACCAGGGUCUGCGAACGCGUCGACGAGGUCGACUGCAGCAAGAGCGAGCGUUUCUACAACCUGAACUUGGAGCUUUACGGGAACAACGCUGUCACUCUCAGCUUGCACGAGAACAGCGAGGACGACAUCGACUCUCUGGACUCCAUAGACGACCAUCCCCAGCGAACAACAUCAGCCAGACCUACGACUACGUCAACGACCACCACUACCUCGAAACCCAACAAGCCAUCCACGACCCCAGCUUCCAGCACUUUCUCGCACCCAACAGGCUAUCCCCAGCACUUCCAGCCCCAGCCACCGUUCCCCCAGGUGCACACCAGUCAGUCCAAGUCCUUGUACGACGACAAGAAUGGUGGCUACCAUCAUCAGUACAUCUUCCACAACGGGGAGAGGAGCAACAACCAGCCAGCCACUUCGUAUCAGCUGUUUAGCAACCAGGGUGUCAGUUCUACGACGGUGCAGCCUCCCCAGGUGCACCAGAUCAGGUUCAGCUCGACGUCGAGUCCGCAGAUCAUCCACAAUGACCCUUCGACAGUGUCCCCCUUGUUCCACGCGACCUCCUCUACCAUUCAGACGCUCUUGAGCAACAGUGGCAACAGUCCCGCCUUGAUCAAUCCCAUAUUCCACAAUCAUGGAAUAGCCAGCACCACGGAGCAGUUUACCCUGCAUAACAACAACCCCAGGGAGACAUCCGAGUACCGUGAGAGCGGGGAUCAGAGCAUCAGGCCUCUGGAAGCUGUCCAGCCGACCAUCAAAGGAAAGGUCUCGAAGCUGACGAUCUCCCCGACGCCGUCGGAGCAGCGAUCGGUACAGACCAGCCAGAGUUCUCAGCAUCAGAGGAUCUCUGGCAACUUCUUGCCUACUCCAGCCACUGACGAGACCACCAUCAGAUCGUUCUACCCUACGCUGAGGAGCGUGUCGAAACCUACGCAGCCGUCUAGGUCGAACAUCGAACAGGUCACCCAGCACAUCCACGUGCUGCCACCUCUGCCGAUCCCCCAGCUGAAGCCCCAUCAGAUCACCAUCAACCUGCCGCCACCGGACAUCCAGCGAAUCGUGCAGAACCCAUCGCCUUUGCUACCUUCUCAGUCCAGAGUGAUAGUCACCGCUAAAGCCAGCGUCAGCGACGAGUCCGGCAGACCUCUGAACACCACGCAGUUGGUAACCCUGCCUCUGCCGACCAUCCCAGCCAGCUACGAUGACUACAAGGAAGGGGACGAGUCGUUCGAUCCUUUCUACAGGGACGUGCCAAAGAUUCGCAAUGCCAGACGCGUCGCGAUCAGCAGAACGUCCUUGAGGAUCAAGAGGUCGGCUGGCGAGACCAAGAGUUCCAUGAUGUCCUUCGUCAGGGGCGUUGACCGACCCAAACGACAGGAGGCCCGAACGGAUGACGUCAAGGACAAGAGCAAGAACCAGGAUGAAAUUCUUCUGGAUAAUGAUGAUACGAACUUCACAGCCUUCAAGAGGAUCCUGACGAAGUUCAGGGACAUCCUGUUCGGCGAACCGUUCACCGAAGACAUGAUCCAAGAUGCUUUGGAAGCAAGUAGCCUACAGGUAGCCGAGACUGGGGAGAUGGGAGACAACGAGUCUCUGGAGGAUCUCGAGGUGAAGGCCUCGAAGAAUUUCAAGACUAAGGAUUAUGACGACAGCGAGUACGAUAGCAGGGACAGCAAGGCUGACGAUGCCGAGUACUCCGAGAGUGAGCCUCCUUUGAAACAGCACAGCAAGGAGUCCGACGCUGAAGAGUACGACGAUGUUAAGGAUAAUAAAGAAGUAUCUGACUCCGAGGAGUCCAAAGAGGAAGAUGCCAAGGAUGAGGAAAAACAUGACUCGUUGAAGAAGACCGAUGCGAAUGGCGUGAAGCAUGUGGAAGGGAAAAGGGUGAUCGACGUCGUCAUAUUGAAUCCGAACGAAUACCCGAAGGCGAAAUCCUCGACUCCGAAGGACCUUGAAGAGGAGCCUACGACAACCGAGGUUCCAGUCACCUCAACAACGGAGGAUACCACCAUUUGGCCUGAAACAACAACUAAAAAGAUGGAUUCUAAAGACACGGUGGAGCUUGAUGAUGAGGUCAAGUGGCCAAAGGAUGACUCCGACGAAGAGGCCGAAGAACACAGCACGACCAAACCGUCGAAGAAGGUCGAAGAGAAGAAGGAAGAGGACGAAGACAAGAAGAAAGAGGUCGAAGAGAAGAAAAAGGAGGUCGAAGACAAGAAGAAGGAGGAUGAAGACAAGAAAAAGGAGAUCGAAGACAAGAAGAAAGAGGACUCGAAUAACGAAAGCAAGGCUCACAAGUCGAAAGAUCGAGCUGAGCCGAAGCCAAAUGCUAAGAGGAAGAGUGCCAGGAUAAGGUCCUUCUCAGGGAAAAUAUCUUCGAGAAAGAAGGACCCGAAGAGCGAGGAGGUUGAGACGAAAGUAGAGACGACGACUAUGCCAGCUGAGGAGAUCACUACCGACGAAGAUGUGGUCUCCACGACUCCGAUGGUGGAUGUCGAUCAAAUUGACAAACGCAUCUUCGAUGAGUCGGAGUCUGAAUCUUCCAAGGGAUUGGACACCAGAGCUGUGGGACAUCGAGGUUAUGGAAAGGGUCAUCACGGUGGCAAGGACGAAGGCAUAGCGAAGCAUGACAAGAAAGGCGAUGCGAAUGAGUAUGGAUCUUUGAAGAAACACGUGGAAAGUUCGGUAAAGGAUGAAGAGAAGGAUGAAGAGAAGGAAGAAGAGGAAGACGAAGACAAAGGAGAAGAGAAGACUACAGUUUCUUCUUUAGACGACGAAGCCAAGAAGCCAGCUGAACCAGAAUCUGUCGAGAUGAACGAGAACGUUUCCAUGGAGGAGGAGGAGGAGGAGGAGGAGCACGAAUACAAAGAAGAGUCCUCUAUCGAGGAGGACGACUCUGAGAAGGUCGCGGACCAUGAAAAGAGCCACGUAGCCAAGAAAGGAUCCAAACGAGGGAAGAGCAUGAAAUUCGACACGUCCAAAGAGGUGAUCACUCACAGACAGGACAAGAGCUGGAAAUUCUCCGACGAAGACGACGAGCUGGAAUCGCAGGAGCACUCGACAAUGAAGAACGAGGAGACCACUCCCCACGAGAUGUCCUCGGAGUACAACGAUUCCACGGAAUCGUUCUACGAGAGCAGUCACGAGGUCGGCACGGAGAAUGAGUACAAGGACACAACCGAUUCCACGGAAGUUGACAACUCCGAGGAUUAUUACACUUCGACGGAGGAUACUGUCGACGACGAAGAGGAGACAGCGCAUGAUCACGAAGCCAGCACGGAAGGCGUGCUGAAGUACACCGACGAGCUGCCCAAGGAGAAGAAGGAGGAGCUGGCAGACAGCAAGAAGCCUACGGAGUCUGUGGAGAACACUGCUCACGACUACGUCGACGACAACUACGAGCCUGAUAAUUACAAGGAGGCUGUCAGUGCCAAGGAGGAGAAGAAGAAGAAGAAGGAGAAGAAGAAGAAAUUGAAGGACGACGUAAAGAACGAAGAGAACUACGAAGACGAAGCUGAAGUUACCACCAGCACGCCGGACCCGGUCGCGGAGAAAGAGGACGCGAAGAAGUCGAAAGAAGAGCCUUCGACGACGACAACGACUACAACGACAGUUAGAACGCCUCCGAAGCUGUUCAAGCCGGCCUCCAUCAGGAAGAGCUACACCUACGUCCCUCCCACGACGACCCCCAAUCCCGUCGUCAUAAAACCAAGGUUCAGCCUCUUGAAUCCUAAACCGGCCAAGCCUCCUAAGUCCUACAACGAGCUAGCUCCCAAGCCUGUCAUCAGGAAGUUCCCAUUGCUGACCCGGAAGACUACCACAACAGUCCCGACCACAACCUUCGUCGAAGAGGACUGGCCAGAGUCCACGGAAGUGCCAGUGCCGAUGACGGAGGCGUCGGUGCCGCUGACAGAAGCCCCUGUCACUACGACAGAGGCUAGAAGCGAGGAGAACGUGCUGGAGGUGAAGUUGGACCAGGACAAGGCUCCUGGAGAAUCGAUGCAGAAGGACCAGGCUCCGGCGAAGACCGAAGGGGACCAGGACUCCAGCCCUUCGGAGCAGAAGUCGCCGGCGAAUACCGAGAAGGAGAAGGGUCCCAGCAGCCACACCGAGAGCUUCACACCUUACCCAGUGGUCAAACUGUCGACCAUGGCUACUACCAUUCAGGAUACCUUGAAGGAGAUCGAGUCUUCCACCGAGAAGCCUACGCCGAAGACUUACACACUGAUAGACCUUCAGAUCAUCAGCACGACGGCUCCCCCGGUGGCUAACAUUCCCAGUGAGCCUGAGAAGGAGGAGGCAACCACUGUCAAAGUCGCGGAGCCGGAGGUCUCGACAGAGUCGUCCACGAAGGCUCACCAUGAGGACUCCUUCGAGCUGACCAUGAAGAGCCACCAGGAACCGAUGGAGUCGACGGUCAAGGCUCACCAGGACUCGACAGAGACGUCCUCGGUCCCCGAGUCUUCGACCCAGAGUACGACUACGACCACGAGCACGACCACGAGCACGACCACCGAGGCUGUCGUCGGAUGGUUCAAAGACCCUGAAGAGGUGUCGACGACCUCGAGAUACGCGUACCGCAAGCCAAUGCCCCCGAAGAGGCCGGAUAGCUUCAACUGUCUGGAGAAGGAGAUGUACCGCUUCUACGGCGACACCAGGGACUGCAGACUGUUCCAUUAUUGCUCCCCUGGCUUCACCUCGAGGCAGGUCCUCGACUUCCGGUUCGUCUGCGAGGAGGGCACCGCCUUCGACGAGCUGACCCAGAGCUGCGUGUACGACUUCCGCGUGGAGAUGUGCCCGAACAGGAAGUGGUAAUCGCCGGAGCCUCGCCUGGCUCCUCGUGGCGACGUUGAUUUUGGUAACUGGUGAAUCCGCGGACUCCCUAGUGUAUAUUUAUAUGUAGGCAGGCCCCGAACAAGGGCCCCCUCCUAUCCUGAGUAUUGCCAUAACCUUGUACAUGAUCAUGGAUUCACACUUAUUAAGAUUAAUGGCCGGACCUCUUGAUCACGGACCACGGAGAGCUGGGGUAGCGCGGGACUCGCUGUCUCUCGGCGAGCUCCCGGCGGCCAUUUUGUGCAGCCGGAGCUGAUCGGAGUGGUCCCGUUCUCUAUUUUGUUUGUUUGUUUUUGCUGAACGGCGUAGAGAAUUUGUAAAAUAAUCGUUCUCGUCUGGAGCUCGUGAUGGUUGUAGGGCUGGCCGGGCGCCCCUCGGUUGUCGAGCGGCUGACUUCUUCGGGAGAACAAAAUGGCCGGCAAGCUCCCGAGACUCGCGGCGAACUUUAGGAUAAAGAGAGAGAAUCAUGGUAGAUCGCAUAGAGAUCCUGGAUUGCUCAACGUGCGCGUCCUUCCGACGCGAUUGCGCAAAUUGUACAUUUAGGUUUACGUCGAUGUAGAGUCCCGCGCGAGCGUACAGCGAAGGGUGACGGUGAGAGGCGGAGGAGGAGAUGGGUGGCAGGUUUCGGAACGGACUCGCUAAAUACUCAACCCGUGUCACAGGCGGCGGGGAUCGUCGUUCUAGCCGUCGAUCGAAUCCUCGCGAUCCCCUGGCGGCCGCUCUAAUCAUUCCUACCUUCUAGAUCAUUAUAGAUCCUUAAUCUGUUCGGCGGAGAAUUCGCGCGACCCUUAGGUCGACGAACCUGUAAACACGUGUCUGUGUGUAUGUGUGUGCGUGCGUGUCGUGAGCGUUGCUCGUCGUUCGCCUUCGAUGGCGAGAAAUAAGCCUGGGUCGGUCGUGACCCACGCCGUCUAACAUCAUCCCCGUGGCUCUCGGAACGAGUUCACGUUAACGACGGUCUCGAGCCGCGAGCCCGGGAAGAGAUUCUUUACGUUCGGGUCGGAUGUGACCCAGCCGCCGCCGGACCAGGGCUUGGAGACAGAUCCCGCCACAACGGGGCCCGCCGUGAUCUUCGCGCGACGCUGCAGCAACGACUCGGAAUCCGCGUCGUAGAAAGUUGUGUUCUCGGCCCCGACGAGUAUAGUUGAAUUUUCGUAGUUUAUAAUUAACCCCGGCGUAAUUUGAUGCAGCGAAUUCGUUGACGAACGCGAGACGACGACGAUCGUUGCAGGCUUCGCGCGGAACAUUCUAUUUAAUUUUAGUCAUCGUUGUCACGGGGUCUCGGUCUCCGGACGAAGGAUCAAAUGUACUCACAACCACUGUUCGAUAAUACAUAUUUUUACAUGUGAAUUUAUCCCGCUGCAUUUAGUGAUUAAAUUACACGUAGAUAAUGUGAUAAGUGAUAGAGAGAUAUUAUCGGUCGCUUGCGUGUACCUCGGUCGUCCCUGUAAAUAUCUGUGUACAUCCCCGACAUUCGCACGCAUGUUCCGCGCGUCUCGCCAGAGACCGUGUAUUGUAAGGGUCUGUACUGUGUUAAAUAAUAAUUGUAUACCACGUGCAA